AUGCCUACCAGCCGGCAGGGGCUCCGCUUUUGUGCCGAUCGAAUAGCAAGCGAAGCUCCGCCCCUUUGGCUCGCACGUCGUACCAGUCCGUUUCGUUCGUGCCGUCCCAGUAUUGGUGCAGCGCAGCGUUACUCCAGUACAAAAGCGCUCGACACCGUCGGCCCUGCCAUCAGUAUAGACAGAGGCAGAUACACGCACGCACGCACGCACACAAUGUCUGGCCGUGGCAAAGGAGGCAAAGCGAGGGUGAAGGCAAAGUCCCGUUCCAGCCGUGCUGGAUUGCAGUUCCCGGUCGGUCGCAUCCACCGUCUGCUCCGGAAGGGCAACUAUGCCGAGCGGGUCGGUGCCGGGGCCCCAGUCUACCUGGCGGCCGUCAUGGAGUAUCUGGCUGCGGAGGUGCUCGAGUUGGCGGGAAACGCUGCCCGUGACAACAAGAAAACCAGAAUCAUCCCCCGUCAUCUGCAGUUGGCCAUCCGCAACGACGAAGAGCUGAACAAACUGCUGUCCGGCGUGACCAUCGCCCAGGGCGGUGUCCUGCCGAACAUCCAGGCCGUUCUGCUGCCCAAGAAGACCGAGAAGAAGACGACGGCAUAGGCUGGGCAGCAUUCCGCUCGCGUCCUCGCGUGUCGACCCAAAAUCAAAACCGUCCUUUUCAGGACGACCAUAUCCCAUUCGCCCCGCUGGAGAGUUGUUUCGAGACAUGUUCUGUUAGCCCACACAUUGUUCGAUAGAGGAGUUGGUGACAACAUUCUGUCGGAUGAUAGCUUUGCUGAGUAUCGUUUGGCUGCUAAAGCCCAAUUUCGUGUUUAAAUGAAAUCGCUCGAGAAAUGUCUUGACCGAUUCCUGGCAGAAACUUCCUAACAGUGCCACUUGAAUUGUCAUUUCUUCGGUACGCAACUGCGUACUGCGAUCAAAGAAAACGAAUUUCUCGCGCGAUUCAGGCACGUGCAUCAAGAUAGGCCGCGAUGUGGUCGGAUUCGAUUGCUAAUAAAUUGGCAUAAGCUACCUGGAAACACACUU